UCUAUCCGAAAAAGACGUUUUCCUAUUCGAACGAAUCUGACAAAGGCCAUAUAUAGUGUUUAUCAGAUGAAUUUACAUCAAGAAGAUGUUAUGGCUUACCUCAUCCGUGAAGAACUCAUCCCUCCAACUCCUGCGGAUCAUCUCCAACCUCCAUACUACAUCAWACAUGUUAAGUUCCGUGGGAUGGAAAUGGUCGAACCUUUAUCCUACGAAAGACUCCAGAACAACCUUAUGACGCAGUACCUCAUAUCUACCGAUGGUCCACAGGUUAUUGAUAGACUCAUGACAGUAUCCUUCAAACAGGAGUACAGAGAUCAACCCGACUGCUCCCAGGAGGUCUUGAAGAGGGGGGUUGCGUUAAGCGGAGCGAUGUUUCGUUUCCUGGGUCCACGUUUGGUGUUGUGGAGUACUCCAAGCCUUACUCGAAAGCUUUCCUGAACACACAGCUAACAAUGGUCCUGGCAGACAAUGGGACUCUUCAUGAUUACCUCUUGGAGCUACAGAGGAACUAUUUUGAUAUGCUUACGAAACUAUGCGAUAAUGAAAAAGAGGCGUUGAGAUAUAUUACAAUAACAGGACAAACGAGAACUAUUCAGCGUCUCAAAGAAAAAGGAUUAAAUGAUCCGCAGGUGCAACAGGAUCUUCAGGGACUGCGAAAUGAAGAUGUCAAAAAAAUGUUAAAAGACGAGUCGGAAACCAAAAUAAGUAAUGUCAUAAAUCAAAAGAAGAUAACUAAGCUUCGUGUAUUGGUUCCCAAAGCAAGAAUGGUAUUCGGUGUAUGUGAUCCUUAUGGAGAACUCGAGUAUGGGGAGGUUUUCUUCCRGCCAACUCUUCYCGAUGACGAAGAGRCUAAUGACUUUUCUAGUGCACGAAGGGUUAUUGUUGGUCAUAAUCCAUGCUACCAUCCAGGAGACAUAAGAGUAUUGAAACUCGCCCAUGAUAAACAGAGGUACGUCCAUUUGUACGACUGUAUCGUGUUCCCUACAAAAGGAAGGCGACCCCACCCCGAUGAAUGUUCCGGUGGAGACCUCGAUGGUGAUAAGUUCUUCGUUAGUUGGGAUGAGGUCCUUAUUCCAGACUGGAUGACAAAUCCUUUUCCAUAUCAUGAAAAACAAGAAGAUCCUUACUGUCCUGUUGGGAAGACCUUGAGAAACAUUUUUCUGCCACUAUCAAAUAUUUUUGGCUCCUUUGGAAGGGCACAUUUUGAAAGAAUUUUUGGCACUGAAGAUGAAGCAAUACGCCGGGAAAAUAUUCGGCAAAGAACAGAAUUGUUGAAUUACUUUGCUAACUUUAACAACAAGCUUGUCUCUCGUAUUGAUGCAAUCUUCAUGAAAUAUGCUUCCAGAUACGGACCAUCAUGCGAAACUUGUGUAACGCUCAAUAAGUACUUCUCAGAUGCUAUAGACAUGGUAGCAAACAACGACGUCAUAGAGAAACAUCUUGAAGAAAUGGAAAAUGCCUACCGAAAGGAAAAAACCGCCCAUGACGCAAAGAAAGGCAAAGAACCUGUUUAUCCAAGGCUAAUCUAUCCAUCUCGAAGGAUCAUGAGGCGAAGAGUGGAAACACAGGAGGGAUUUCUGAGUCAGCUAAGGAUGGAUUGCAGAUCGACUAAAAAAGAAUCGUUCAAAGAAGAUGAUGAUGUGUGGACGAUUAUGGAGAARCAAUCAGAGGAAUUUGUAAAAACAAUGUUAGACAAACUGCAGUUCACUGAAGAAAUAUUGAACAGUAGUUACAUAUACCUCUUCUUAGGUCUCAGAUCGUUUUACAUUAUAAAGACCACUGACUUGAUGGCUUACAUCGUACCUGAUGAGUUUAUCACUCCACCUCCUGCGGAUCAUCUCCAGGAUUUCCAGACUUCAAUCUACAUCAAACAUGUGGAGAUCCGUGGGAAAAUGGUUCGUACUUUCACCUACGAAAGACUCCAGAUCAGCCUUCUAACGGAGUACCUCAUAUCCACCCAUCARGCUGGUCCACAGGUUAUYGAUARACUCAUGACAGUGUCCUUCAAACAGGAGUACAGAGAUCAACCCGACUGCUCCCAGGAGGUCUUGAAGAGGGGGGUUGCGUUAAGCGGAGCGAUGUUUCGUUUCCUGGGACUGUAUCGUGUUCCCUACAAAAGGAAGGCGACCCCACCCCGAUGAAUGUUCCGGUGGAGACCUCGAUGGUGAUAAGUUCUUCGUUAGUUGGGAUAGGCGUCUCAUUCCAGGGUGGAUUACAUACCCUUUUCAUUACGAUGUGAAGGCAWCCCCCGACCUAUCGUCUUUUGUUGGGAAGAUCAUGUCCAGUGUGUUGUCUCCCGUGUCCAAGGGAGUGAGCGCCUUCGGAAGGGCUCAUAUUCCAAGUAUUUUUGGCACUGAGGAGCAAGCAGAACACAAAAGAAAGAUUAGAUGCAGAGAGGAAUUGCUGGAAUAUUUUGCAAAUUUUAACAACGACCUUGUUUCUCGAGUUGAUAGAGUCUUUAUGAAAUAUGCAUCCAGGCAUGGACCUUCAUGUGAAGUCUGCGUGUAUCUCAACAAGUACUUUUCAGACGCUGUUGACAUGGUGGCAAACAAGAAAGCCAUCGAAGGAGAGCUCGAGAGGCUGGAGAGAGAUUUCCACCGAAGACGUGAUGGUAGGCGCUUUGGUCACGCUAAUAACAACACGGGGCUGUGGGAAACCUCUACAAGUUUGCCAUCGACAAACCAAAGCCGUCACAUUGUGAGGCGCCGAGUUCAGCAACCAGUGCAAGAGAGCAGGUUCGUACAGGCUAUAGGCUUUCUGCAACCUCCACCCACAAAAGACCCUUUUAAAGAAGGAGACGACGUGUGGACGACUAUGGAGAGAGAGUCUGAAGAAUUCGUAAAAAGAAUGAAACGCGAAAUAAGAUAAAGUCAAAACUCUUGGUACAUUAAAGUAAAAAAAACACUUGAAA